AUGUACAGGCGGCCUGCUGCGCAGGGCAGCCGCGACGCUGAAUUCAUGGCCUCCUUGGCCGCUGUCACUGCGCAGAGAUACUCUGACUCUGAAGAGCCCAACUUCGGCAUAGGAAGACGGAGAGUGUAUCCGACGAAGAAGGCCCCGAAUUUGCCAUUUGUGGCCACCGUCUGCCUGGGCGUGGUGGCCUUGCUGGCAGGCUUUGGCUUCCUCUUCUCUUCCCUCUUCAACAAGAGGGUGCAAGCCGUUCGAGACUACGAUGCAGAGGUGGAGCAUUGGCAGGACAUAGAUCGACCACGGAUGGAGCAGCUUCAGGUCAACCUCCUGGCGUCGCUGCCUCCGACGCAGGCGGGCAGCGCGCCCAUCACGCUGCGAUCGAGCUUGGAACCGACAGAGGAGGAUGACUGGGUCUUCUCAGACUCCGAGGAUGGCUACGGAAUCGAGGAGUACAAACCGCUGAGCUACCGGGGUCGUGUUGAGCUACCCUGUUACUACAACAACUGCUCCAUGGUAGAGGCGAACUGGCGCGGACAACUAUCCCCAAGGGAUCAGUGGGACGACGAGGUUUUGCCUUCCUGGGACGAGGCGCCCCGUGCCGGCUUUCUUCUCAUGGCGUCAGGCGGCGGCCUCGAGUCCAACAUCAGCUUGGACCCGCUGCCGCUGGUCUAUGACUUCCCGACAGUGGGCCAGGCUCCGCAGCCGAGGACUCACUGCUUCGGGACGAGCCACGGGGUCUACAAGCGGCCCGGUGCCUGCCACCAUGCCCACAAGCUGGUGGACCUUUGUGUCGCAGUAUCUUUCGAUGGCGAGGCGUGGACGCUUCACCACUUCGCGACGAAUAGCCUGACAAACUCCUCGCGCCACACGGGGAGCUACGGCUGCAAUCCGCAGAGGAACUACGAGCCGACGACCUACAAGAAGGACAUGUGCUGGGGCGCUGCGCCCAGCCAUCGCCUUUGCGAAGAGGCCGGCCCUGCCCACAUCUUGGAGAUUACGGUGAGGGCCUGGCACGAUCCAUACAUCCGGGCAGCAGAGCUGACGCACGGAACUUUCGAUUUCGGUCUCGCGCCGGCUACCCAGGUCAAGAUCGGUGUGAUCCUGCUGGUCUUUGGGACCUUGGCGGCCUGCUGUCCGUGCUUCAUCCGCCGAAACUGCCACUUUAAAGGCGCCUCCGGGGCCGAAGAACGCGAGGUCCUGUCGCCACAGGCGCAGAAGCUGGGCAUGGCCUGA